AUGGAACUGGCCAAUGAGACAAGACUUCAGGAAUUCAUUUUGCUGGGGUUUGGAGCCGGGCAACGGGGACGGUUUCUGCUCCUCAUCUUCUUUGGCAUUCUUUAUGUGAUGACAUUGGCUGAGAACAUCACCAUUAUCACACUGGUGGUUCUAGACACCCACUUGUCCCGGCUUCCCAUGUACAUCCUGCUGGGCAACUUCUCCUGGCUGGAGAUCUGUUAUGUGAGCACCACUGCCCCCCGGUUGCUCUUUGACUUGGCAUCCCCUUAUGGGAUCAUUUCCUUCCGUGACUGCUUCCUUCAAUUCUACCUGUUAUUCUCUUUUGGAGGCACUGAAAAUUUCUUCCUCUCAGCCAUGGCCUUGGACCGAUACUUGGCCAUCUGCCACCCCCUCCACUACCCACAAAUUAUGACACCAGAGACCUGCUACAAUCUAGUCAUUGCUUGUUGGAUCUGUGGUUUCUUGGGGUAUGUUGUUCCAGUGCUUAUGAUCUCCCACCUGGCCUUCUGUUCUGGCAACAUUAUUGACCAUUUUUUGUGUGAUGCUGGACCUAUUCUUUCCCUGGCCUGCCCUCCACUCGGAAUUGCUCCUCUUGUUUGUCAGAUAUUUGUAAAUACUCUUGUUAUGGGCAAUGUUCUCUUUGUUGUAUUAUCCUAUAGUACUGUGAUUCUCACCCUGAUGAAACCCUCUUUCGAAGGCAGUCGUAAGAAAGCCUUCUCCACCAUUUCAUUCCACCUAGUAGUAGUGACACUUUUCUAUGGCUCUGUGGCAGGGAUGUACUUAGUUCCAGAUGGAAAAAAUCAAUCAGAGGUUACAAAAGCCGUAACUCUCUUUUACACUUCAGUUACACCCUUCUUGAACCCUAUUAUUUAUUGCCUGAGGAAUGAUCAGGUGAAGGAGGCCCUGGGCAGGUUGCAAAAAAGGAAGGUGAGAUUCUGGACAAGAAAGGGGAUGAUGUAA